GCCUGUGUACGCGGACGGUUGUUUCUCCGUGUUGUAGUUCAGUUAAACACUACGUACCGAAAAUGGCGUAGCAAGGUGGUAUAAUGCCAUCAAAUUUUCUCGUGACAAAUACAUCGUAAGAAGUUAUGAACAGUGCACGGCGUUCCAGCACUUGACUUUCCAAGCAUUUGUAACGAUACCGUCCAACAAAGAGCUACGUGAUAAUCUCAGCGGAGCGUUUGUCGUAAUAGCAGCGUGAAAAGUGUGUUGUGUGUUGGUGACUCGUACUGUGAUUUGACAACGGAAGUGUUCACGUUUCCCGUGACGUUUCGGAGUUUGAACGAGGUGCGCAGCGUUUCGUGAAACACGCGUUAUUUGAUCUUUGUGCCGGGAAACUCAAGGAUGGCACUUGUACUAGCGAGAAAUCGAGAAUUUUUCCUCGUGACAGCUUGACGACCUCGACUCUAGACGAGUUCAAGAUGGCGCCACCGGCAUUUUGACACUUGCCCAAGAUCCGUCAGCUGGAUUUUACAACCGCCCCGAACUCCGAUUAUUAUGAGCAGAGAAUUUUACGUUCCUUGUACAUCUUACACUUAUCAGAAGGCCAACGGAAAGGCUUAGAGAUCAAGAGCCUCGAACAGUCCCUUUAGUCCGCAUUCGAAGCGAAGAUCGUCACGAACGCUACCUUCAGGACAACGUGAACGGUGAAAGCGGAUUUAGUAGAUCAAGUACAAUCGGGUAAGGAGAUACCCAAGCAGUUUCGUUAAUUAUGUGGCAGCGGUGGAGGAUCGACGGAAGGCGUCGUCGGGAGCGUCAGUGGUAGCGGCAGCGGUGGUAACAGCAGCAGCGGCGGUGGCAUGGAUUGCAUGCCCCUACGUCCCGGUCCUUUCCACUACCUGAUAAGCGAGCAGGCAAAGUCCCUAGUGGCCCUGCAGGAGCUGCAGAAUGAGGUCGGCGCCCUUCUCGAGUUCCGGGACCUCGUCAUCGAGACGUUCCCAAACCUCCGGCACAAGAUGGCCGCGACGGCGUCCGCGGGAGCGUCCGUGAUGUCGUCCUCCUGCGCGCAGAAUUCGCACAUCCCUCUACCACUAUCCAGCCCGUCAUCUCGGAGGAUCAACGAAUGGGAGCCGGGGAAGGUUCGGAGACGAGUGCCUCGCGAGGGUGGCGAGUCGUCGUCGUCCUCUUUACCGAGGAGUCGUAGCAACUCGCACAGCGGUGGCACGAAGAACAACUGCAGCGCCACGGUGCAGGACUCUGGGUUCAGCACGGAAACAUCGUCGAAGGACAGCGCCUCGACGGCUAUAGCACCUAGACCGAACAGUCCGAGACCCACCGUGCUGGACGAGGCGGAGGAUGAGUUGUGGAACCUUCUGGACGUGAUACAUCGCAAGGGAAUCAGGCUUAGAGAGGAGGUGGAGUGUCUGCAGGGUCGCUUGGAGAGCGUGGCGCCCGAGGACCUUGCCUCCACGGACAUCUUGGACGCGGUGAGGAAGGUCACGCAUUUGGAGGACGAGAGGACGACGGUGAAGGAGGACGUUAAAGACGAGACGGAUAGAGACUCGCAGGUGAUAGCGCUCAGAAGGGAGAAGGAACAACUUUUGGAUAAGGUAGCUGAACUCGAGGCGGAAACUAUAUCCAGUCGGGCCAAGGCGCAGGAGCUUCAGUCGGAGGUGGCCGCGUUGUCCGCGCUGAAGACUGGUCUGGAGGAUCGACUGAGGGCUGGACUGAACGAUACUUCCUCGGAUAUCCUCGCACCGGGUGCACAAAGACUGCAACCAAUCGCACCCGUCGUUUCCUCGCCGAAGAGUAAUAAUGUUAGCAACAUUAAGAGCAAGUCCUCGGCGUUUGCCUCGGUGGCCAGCUCCGGGAAGGCUCACAAGAGCAGAUUUCGGACGAGGACCAUCGAGAAGAAUGUUCUGUUGGAUGUGAACGCUCAUAACGAGGAGCUGAGGGAUGUCGAUGUCGAGGCGAGCGUGAACGAGAGGAGAGCACGAUUGGGCGCGUUGGAUUCCGUCCUUGGAUCACCCGCCAGAGUGGCGCACGUUAAGGACGUCGACUCGAAGAAGAUCGCUGCUAUUCUUCGAGAAAACUCACCUAUUGAGCUGCAGCGGCAUUUAAUCACUACUACCGUCCAUAAUCAGGUCCUACAGAAAAGGUUAGAUGAAGUAGAAAAAAGCACAGAAACUCUGUCGGAACGAUUAGACAAGGCACGCGAGGAGAAUGAUGACCUACGUUUCCAGCUCGAAGAAAGGAAUAUCGAGCUGGAAGGCACCCGAGCACGUGUCCGCGUGUUGGAAAGACUUCAGCAGCGUCCGCCGACCGAAGGUGAUCCAGAGGUGGACACUGAGCAGCCAAGAUGCGAGCAGAGCGGUCUCGAGCCAGGAAGUAGCACGGAAUCGGCUCGCGAUCAUCAUCAAGCAGUCGAGGUGAAACCGUCGCCCCGACGGCGUCCUAGUCGUAUACCUUUGCCGGGUGCCACCGCGAAGUCGACGGCACCCAGGCCACCUAGCCACGGAAGGAACGACAGCAAAGAGUCGUUGAAGUCGUUAACGAGACCUCCGCGUGAUUCUAGUCGCGACAGUCACGGUGGAAAGUCUCUGUCGAAGGCUCGUGACUCGAAUCGAGACUCUUUGAACAACAAGAGCUUGACGAAGAGCAGUAACAGCAGCAACAACGGCGGUGGCAACAAUAACGGGAACGGAAACAGCAAGGAGACGAACAGGGAGUCCCUGAACAGGUCCCUGCCGCGUAACAAUUCCAGCCGAGACUCCUUAAACAAAUCCUCCUCGCUGUCCCGAGCCCGAGACUCGCUGGAGUCUAACAACCUCGGCACGUCCUCAUCCCCGGGGACGACUCCUCCUCGACGACCGCCCGCUCCUGCACGCCGUUCCCACAGCCUGGCCCGCGCGUCAACGUCCGUUGAUACCGAGAACGGCAAGAGUUGCACCGAACCACCGAGUUCUUGGUGCUCCACAAACGGCAGCUUCCGACACAGCGACUCCUCUUUGUAUCCGGACUCGUUGAAUCAGGAGACCUCAUCGGUGACUGGCACCACCAAAGUGGAAUUCAUCAUUGGUUCACCAACCAGACGAUUUCGACAGAGCUCUGUCUGGCCACAUCGUUAUUUCGACAGCAUAGAUUCCGCGGCCAUGUUGUCCGAAAGCCUUUUGACAGACGAAUUCUCGCUUCGUCGCGGUGAAGCUCUUGCCGAGUGCGAUUCACUCGAGUGUCAACCGAUUUCGAAUGAGAGCUGAACCAUUUGUGUUUAAAGAAUCUUGAUAUGCUGUUUUAUUUAAUGACACUUGCAAACGCUUCGUGCUCGAAAAUAUUAUAUUGGCCAAGAAGUUUCAGAAGACAAUAACCUCAUGUGGCAGUGCUUGCUCGCCACCUUUGAUCUUUCUGGUAAUUACAUGAAUUUUUUAUUGACUAAAGUCUUGUCUUGUGGUUUUUAUUGAAAACGAUGCAUUGUCCAUUUAUUUUAACUUUACAGUAUACAAAUUUAUUUAAAUUUAUGUGUAGACACUUGAAGAGUAUCGGUUGGUUAAUAUGGAUUUUAGUGGUGAACAAUUUGUGUUGAGAUUACUUCAUGAUUCACUAAUUCUAGAUUUUGAAUGAAUUGAUGUAUUAUAUCACUCUUUACAUUCAAUAACUUUCUUUUCCUUUUACUUAUUUCUCGUUAGAAUUUUUUAAGUGAAGGUCACACAUCAAGGACUCCAUAACUUAAUUGUAUGAAUAUUUGGGUAAUUUAUGUUAAAUUUGCUGUUUGAAUAGAAUCUCAGAAUGCUAAUAUAAUUAUCCUUUCACAAGAUUCCUUUCAAACUUUCAAACUCCCUUUCAAGUUUCUACAUAAUUAAGGAAUAUUAAUUGUGUGUUACGUAAAUUAUAUUUCAAAAGCAAAUAUGUAUAAUUGUGCUUUAUCUCAAAAAAGAAGGCUGUUGCAAUACCUGAAACACUGUUUUAACACCACUAGGUGUUAAUUAUUGGAAGAGUUUCACUCAUUUUAGUUUUUUAUUUUGACUCUAAUGAAUAGUGCAUUGUUUUCACUGUAAUUUACCAUCAAGAUCAAAAGUUUGAGUAAGAAAUCAUGCAGAUACCACACAGAAAAUAGAGAAAUAAAGCUUUUGGCCAAUCUGAUAUUACAAUUUUUAUUAAAGUGACAGUGAAGGGUGAAGAUUGGUAUAAAAAUGUAGCUGAUGUAGGAUCUGAAUUUGUAUGUGUGAAUAAGGGUUGAAAAUUUGCAUUUCAUCAAAUAAUGAGAUGGCAGUAAAUAACUUCUCUAAUAUAAUAAUUGAAAACUAGUAUUUUAUGGUAGUAAUCAAUAAUGUGUAAAAAUAACAUCUGAAAGAAAAACUGUUGAGUUCAUUUGUACAGAGAUAAAUAUUUAUAGCUGUGUCAAAUAUAAAUGAUUUAUUGAGCAGUGAGAGUUUGAUACAAGAAAGUACAGAAUAUUUUAUAUUACUUGAACAGAUAUCAAAUUUGAUCUUUGUAAUAUUUGCAAACAAAAGCUUAAGUUUUCUCUCUUUAAAUAUUUAUGACAUUAAAGAUUCAGUGCAGGAGUAAAUAAGCAACAAAAAAAGAAACUCAGUGGGCUGUUUAUGUAUUUGGAUUUAUUUAAUUAUGCACAAUUGACAAGCUAUAGAAACCAAAACUUUUUUUCUAAAUGUAGAAUACAUUUUACUUAUUGAAUUAAGUGUUCCAUAGGAUUUUACAAAUAUCAGAUCAAUGUAUUUAUGUUGUAAAGUAUGAUGUUUUAUUUAUUAUAAAUUUUUUUACAGUAUAUUAGAUAGGAAUUAUGUACUUACAAGAAUGUUGUGGAAGUGUUUGAAAUGCAAUAUCUAAUUUUAAAUAUAUAUUUUUAACCUCAUUAUUUCUACUUUCUUGGCAUUGA